AUGCAGGUCACCCAGUACGACCAAUUGUCACAGCAUUACGGUCAGGAAAUUGUGUUCGCCAUCUCUCGCACCAUGCAAGAAGGCGUUAUGUCUAAUGUGCGCGAGCUCCCGGGAUACGGUACUAUGACUUCAACAUUUUCAAUUGGCGGCACAGGUACUAGUACAGAGCAGGUCAUCCAAGCGGCAAUUGGCCACGAAAAGCUAUUCACGGUCUUUGAUACCAAGCUCAGAGAGUGGUCUUCUCAGAAGAAUGCAAAUGCGACUGAGGAACCGACCAACUUAUGUCUCUAG